AUGUCUUCCAAACAGUCAUUAACAGCUAGGCAUAAUGCAGACAAGCAAGGACGUUCAAAGGGGUUGUCUUUGCCUGCUCUCAUCUCUGGUAUCCUCUUACUAGGCAUUGCAGUCCUCUGGCUAGCUCCCAGGAGCUCUGGUGGAAUACUCCAAACUAUUCUUGGUCAGACGACGUCGGAAGCCGCAGAUGUGCGUCUUGACCCGCAGGACUAUGCAGGGCGUGCCCGCCAGAUCUUGCGAAGCACGCCUUUGAUUGACGGCCACAACGACUUCCCAUACCUGCUGCGACUCCAGUUACACAAUCAGAUCUACGAUCGUGAUUUCGAGACCGAGGGUUCUGAAAGCCAGACAGACUUCCAGAAAAUGAAGCAGGGUUUGAUGGGCGGACAGUUUUGGAGUGUCUUCGUUCCUUGCCCAGAGGAUCUCGUCCCAGGCGUGGAUCACAAUGAUCCAAACAAGCGUGUCCCCGAUCUGAACGAGCCCAACUGGGCUGUGCGAGAUACCCUCGAGCAAAUUGACAUCACCAAGCGAUUAGUUGCAGAGUACCCGGAUUCACUGGAACUAUGCUUUUCACCUGAAUGUGUUCGAAGAGUCCACAAGAGCGGGAAAAUUGCCAGUAUGAUUGGAAUUGAAGGUGGCCAUCAAACAGGAGAUUCAUUAGGUGCUCUCCGCCUGCUCUUUGAAACCGGUGCCCGUUAUAUGACGCUGACCCAUAAUUGUGACAAUGCUUAUGGCACGUCAUGGGUCAGCAUGGAUCUGAAGACCGGAAAGGAUGCCGGGCUGACAGAUUUUGGAAGAGCCUUCGUAAUGGAGGCGAACAGAUUAGGUCUCUUCGUCGACUUAUCGCACGUAUCCCACCAGACCAUGCGGGAUGUGCUAGAGGUCGCAAAAGCACCGGUGAUCUUCUCGCACUCCGCGGCUUAUAGUCUUCAUGGCCAUCUUCGAAAUGUGCCAGAUGAUGUCUUGCGAAGCUUGAAGCAGAAUGGUGGCGUCGUGAUGGUGCCUGCAAUAUCGCUUUUCUUGAAUUCUGAACACCCUGAAGAAGCAACGGUGGAAGAUGUCGUUGAUCACAUUCUCUGGAUUGCCGAUAUUGCUGGCUGGGAACAUGUUGGGUUAGGCUCGGAUUUUGACGGAUCUACCUUAUUCGUUAAAGGUCUUGAGGAUGUUUCGCAGUGGCCAAAUCUGAUUGAACGGCUCCUUGCUCGAGGGAACGUCACCGAUGAACAGGCCAAAUUACUUGUCGGCGACAAUCUGCUGCGUGCUUGGGCCGAAAUGGAAAACGUUGCCAGGGAUAGCCAGUUGGGAGGUGAGCGGCCGCGUGAGGAGACUUGGGAGGGAAGAUUCUGGGAGACCGACGCUUUCGAUGUACCCAAGAUAUUUCCCGAAGUCAAAUGA